AUGAACUUCUUGACUCUAUUACUGAUCUUCUCCAUGAGUAUCACUACAUCUUCCUUGUUCCUUGGCGGUGGAGGAGGUGGUGGAUGUGGAUGUAUGUCCUCAUGUGGUCGAAAGAAAAGAUCGAUAGAACCACCUCAAUUCAAUAAUAUGGAAUCCAAAGAUACCGACAUACUGUGCAACAGCCCUGAAUUGAGACAGCUUAUUGUACAGAACAUGAAAGACACACCAGAAGAAUCAGGACGUAGUUUAUCAGCCAUUUUGGAACAACAUGGCGAACCAUUUGUAGUCGUUUGUUCGGAGCAUCGUUUCUCGUACUUCAUUCGUCACGAUUCGGAGUUCUGUGGAGUUCGCAACGGAACGCAUUACUGCCAGGCGUUUGCAUUAUAA